CUUGGCAAAACUAUCAAAUGAUGCUAAUUCUCAUGUGUCAACUAGAGUCAUGGGGACAUUUGGAUACUUGGCACCUGAAUAUGCUUCUAGUGGAAAAUUGACAGACAGGUCCGAUGUGUAUUCAUUUGGUGUUGUGCUUCUAGAGUUAAUAACUGGGCGUAAACCAGUAGACACAUCUCGUCCUCUAGGAGAUGAGAGCUUAGUUGAAUGGGCUCGACCACUCUUGAUUCAUGCCCUUGAGACAGGUAAUUUUGAUGAAUUAGUGGAUCCUAGAUUGGAGAACAAGUUUCCCAAAGUUGGAAUGCUACGUAUGAUUGAAGCAGCUGCUGCUUGUGUUCGUCAUUCUGCUCCCAAGCGGCCAAGAAUGGUGCAAGUAAUGAGAGCAUUGGAUAACGACGAAAGCUUCAGUGAUCUCUCCAACGGCAUAAAAUUUGGACAAAGUAUGAUCUACAACUCUGGCCAAUACUCUGCUGAAAUUCAUAACCUUCACAAAAUGGCAUUCUCUAAUGGAAGCUUUAGCAUUGACCAUGAUAAUUCCAAUGAGUUUAAUCAUUGAAGUUUUGGAUACAAUGAAAGCGAUCAUUAGAUUGAUCUUUUAUGGCUGAUUAUUGUUAGUAUUAGGUGUUAUUUUUUAUUUUUUUUAC